CUGUAUUCCGACGGAUUUCUAUUUCGUUCGAAAGUGAUAUUUCGAUCGUUUUCGAAUUUACCAUUCCCUAUUCCAAUCGUUUUGCUCGUUUCGAACGAAAGUGUUAGAAAAUUUCGAAUAUGCAUCGAUCUGUCAAAAACCGAUAAACAAAAAGAAACACCGUAUUAAAUAGCGGCGAGUGCGAGUUGAAUUUCAGUUAAUUUUUGAUCCUAAGAGAAAUUUGUGAGAAAAUUUUCUCGUUCAAUGGAUUCCGUUUUGUUACCGAUUUUGGCGGAGCAAGAAGAAAUUGGAAUGCCUUGCUACCAUCGGCGAAACCACCGAAAAUCAACCGACUUCAUGAAACUUUCUGAUGAAGCAUUCAUCAAAAGUUUUCGUCUAAGUAAGGAAGCUUUUCGGUACGUUUUAGAGGAAAUUGAGAACUGCCUUACCACAAGGAAAGGUGGUCUAUCCACGGAGGUGAAACUCGCAGCAUGUUUGCGAUUCUUUGCUGAAGGAAAUUAUCAACAUGGAGCAGGGCAAGAUUAUCACAUUGCCAUAGCACAGCCCACAUUUUCCAAGGUGCUGACUGAAAUGCUUAACAUUCUGGAGCGGACACUGUGUAAGAAAUGGAUUUCCCUAAAUAUGACGGAAGACGAACAGCGGCGUGCUAAACUACACUUCUAUCAGAAAACAUCAAUUCCGGGUGUUAUUAUGUGUUUGGAUGGAACCCACGUAAAAAUUAUUCCACCUAAGCUGAAUCGAAAUUUGUUUUUUAAUCGGAAGGGAUUUUAUAGUCUCAACGUUCUGAUUGUUUGUGACGAUCAGCAAAGGAUUCGUUUCGUUGAUCCUACCUUCCAGGGAUCUAAUCAUGACUCUCAUAUAUGGCGUGUAAGCCCUGCAAGAACUCACUUUGAGCAGCUUCACCAAAAUGGUGAAGUUAAUACUAAGAUUCUAGGUGAUGCUGGUUAUCCAUCGGAACCUUGGUUAGUAACGCCAUUCAGAGCAGCGGAGGAAGGGAGUUUGGAGAGCGAUUUUAAUCGCAGGCAUGCCUUGGGUCGUGCUAUCGUCGAGCGGACAAUCGGUUUACUAAAAAAUCGGUUUAGAUGCAUCCUUGGCGCGAGACAACUUCACUACAAUCCUACUAAAUGCGCUCAAAUUAUAAAUGUAUGCUGUGCACUUCACAAUAUAUGCUUAGAAUUUGGUCGUUCUCAGUAGUUAUAAUAUGUUAUGCAGCUGUUUACAUAAUAAACUUUUGUUUAAAUUAAUAUUUAUGACUGUUAAAUUUCAUCUAACUUGUUUGCAAAUGCUCAAAUAAAUAACAACCACCGGAAAAGGAAGUGUCUUCCUUACUUAACUAUGGUUUCGGCAGAAUUAUUUACUCUUAUUCCUGCCAACACUUUGAGAACAUGUCAUUAUCGAUUUCUCGUAAGCAGGCCAAGUAUUCAAAUAACCAUUAUUAAUACUUUUUGCGUUGUUUUAACCCCUUGCUGUACGAUUUAAUUUCCAACAGCACGGCCCAAAACGAGCACUUCGAGUCGUUCCGCUACUCUGCUGAGUGUGGGUAUCUAACAUGGGUGCCCUAUGAUGAGCAAAUACAUGUUGUGUUUAAAAUAAAAACGAAGGAGUUAUUACUACGUACUAACUCGUUCGUUUUUAUUUUAAUUAUAAUAUUCAAAUUAUAUUUUAUAUUUUUAGCUCAUUCAAUUUUUUUUUUAAAUAACGGAAAUUUGAUAAUCUUCAGUUGUCGGUAUCCUCAUCAUAUGCCUGAAGCUAUGUAAUUAUUUCACAUCGAGAAACAACGAGUGAAGUUCAAUGUUGUACGUGAAGGGGUUAAGGAAGUUCCAUAAACUAUAGGCGAAAUUCGUGAAUUUUAAAAAAGUUUAUAUAAUUUUGAUGCUAUUCCAAACAAACUUCAAAGAAAAAAAUAAGUAAGAUUUUUCUUCCAUGGAAAGAUAUAAAAAUACGAUUAGAACUUUUUUCAUUUUUUUAUACUUGAGUUACAAUAUAAAGAUAAAAAAUCAGAUCACUGAUAUUUUGAAACAUUAUUCUAAUGUUCUGAAAUAUACGCAAUCUGCGUUUCAAGGAUUUGUCGCUAUUGAUUUCUCCAGCGCGAUCUUCUCCAUCUCGUGGUUAUGUCGUUUUUGUUCACUCAGAUGUUCUUUGAGUGUGGCAUCCACGGAAAGAAUCGCUCGAGCUGAUUGGCGCUGAUAAUGAACCAGAUCACUCAAAUUCUUAUUUGUGUUUUUUAACAGGGAUUUCACAUUGGUGUGAAAUUUGUUUUGUUGCUCGACUUGCAGCUCUAAUAGCCUCGUGGUAGAAGGUCUGGAUUUUUUCGGCUGAGAGGGCUGGAAGUGAAUGGUAUUAUUGAUACCGUCACACUCGUCGGAAGUACCAUAAUAUAUAAAAUUUUCCUGGUCUGCAUCUUGAGGUUCACCCGAAGGCGAACCCAACUGUGUUCCAUGAGAUGAGGUACCCGGGAUUCCUUCCACGGUCGCAAGUAACCCAGUUAGUAGAACUGCCUGCUCCUCCAGCUCGGACAAAUUGAUAAUUUUAUUGGGUCCUCCACCUGUCGCCCUCUGCUCCCGUUUGUUGUGAGCGAGUUUUCGCUUUAAUCCGGACUUAUAGUCCGCCCAAACCUACACAGAAAACCAGGGCAAAAAUAAGACUAUAAACAUAUGUUUCGGAUUCGUUUUAGUAUAUACCUUUUUCCAUCCACUUCCAUCGCGAAUAGGCGGUCCCAAACUAUUGACUUCUGCCGCCAGAUCAUCCCAGAAGGGUCCGGAAUUUCCUCGGGAGAAACCCUUUGCUAUGUCCGGCUCUUGCUCCAGAAGCAGCACAAUCCGCUCGAACUGAUUUUUAGUGGUUGUUUUGUUUUUGUUUUUUUCCCUGUUGAACGUUAAAAUUAAUUUAAAGAAAAAAAUGAUUAAAAAUUAGCUUACAUUUUUGCAGUUCACCGCUCAUCCGCUGCGGAAAUUAUUCACUCCUUCAUAAACAAA